CUACUGGAAGAGUCGCUCUGAUUCCUCUGUCUGCAUCAGUUUCAUUUCAACCUGAUGACUACAGCUGCAGGCACUGUGUGGAGUCAGGCUAUUUGGUCUUUAAAUGUGUAUGGUUAUAUUUGCACCGAUUUUUGCCAUUUGUGCAUUUGCCACCUGUGGAGGAUACCAUGGCCAUCUCCAGAUUAAAGUGGACUGUGCAGCCCGGAUACAGAACAACCUCAGCAUUAAUAUUGAUUUUGGAUAUCCUUUCAGGUUGCAGCAGGUUCAUUUCAGAGCACCCUUGUGUGAAGCAAUGAGAGAAGAAGUGGUUUUCCUUAAUGGCGACUUCUCUGCAGCUGCUCAGUUUUUCGUAACCGUAGGUGUUUUGGCAUUUCUUUAUUCCCUCUUGGCAACAGUUGUCUACGUCUUCUACCAGAACAAGUACCUGAAGAAUAACAGAGGCCCUCUAGUGGAUUUUCUUGUCACAGUCAUCUUUUCUCUGACAUGGCUGCUUAGCAGCUGCAGUUGGGCUAAAAGCCUUAAUGAUAUCAAGACAGCUACAAACCCAACAGAGAUGCUUCUUCUCAUUGCUGCCUGCAGAGAGAAAGGGAAUAGAUGUGCAGCCACACAGGAACCCUCCUGGUCUCGCCUAAACACUUCUGCUGUUUUUGGUUUCGUGAACGUGGUCCUCUGGUCUGGAAACAUUUGGUUCGUCUUUAAAGAGACGGGCUGGUACAAGACUGGUCAGAGAUACCCAAGCAGGACCUCUUCCAGAAAAAGAUCUAGUGAAAUGCAUGAGAGACUCUACAGUGAAUCUAGUUUUGACCAGCCAGAUGAGAACUUUGGCCCCUUCAGACAGGAAAGUUUCACAGAGUCAAGAGGGGACUUCGAUAAACAGGUCCAGAGACAAGCUAGCAUCAACCAAUCACAAGUAAGCUUUAGCUUACCAGAGACUUAUCUGGGCAAAACUGGGUUUUAUGAAAGAGAAAAUAAAAUUGUUUCUCAAGGACCUGUGAUUUUCGUUAAUGAGAUGUAACCCUAACAGAAUUUGUUAUUCAUGUAACAAUUUAUGUAAUUUAUGUAACAAUUCCUAAUGGAUAUGACAGUCACAGGCAUUUUGAACAAAAGAGUUAAAGUUGGUUUCACACAGAAACAGUGAAACUAAGUAAUAAUUAACGAAAGGCAAAGAUGAGAUAGAAACACUUGAAUCCAGAAGGUAUACUGUAGGCCCUUUCUGGUGUGUUUUUGAUAAGCAGAUUAGGUAUACGGUGUAAACAUGUACACAACAUCUUUUUCAGGUCUAAUUUGUAUACUGAACUUGCAAAAUCUGAGGGACAUGUAGGUCAAAUUCUGAAAUAUAUUUCUGAAAGUAAAAAAAAGCAGAAACAACAACAGGAAAGGAGAGGCAAAAAAAGACUUGGUAAAUGCCAUCAGAGCAUCUAUAGAAAUAUUGAUAAAGAGUGACUGAUUGAAAACUACGCACAAGUCUAUCUCACUGAGUUUAAUAUGGAAUAGACAACAUAGAAUAGACUAGAAUAGACUAGAAUAGAAUAGACACAACCUUUGAUGGUUAAACUCAGGUACCCUAUACCAGCAGCCAAGUAACAGGCAAAUAAAAGCAUGCUGAUCCAUAGAUUCACAGCUAAACACACACUUAAACUUCCUGUCAUUACAUAAGUAGAUUUCUGUUUUAAAGGGUAAUCUUCCUUUAUGUUUCAUUUCUCUUAUGGUUUAUAGGAUACAGUAUGUGUGCAGUAUGAAAAGUUCAGCACCACUAGAAGAACAUAUGUGAUAGAUUUUUGGUUUUAUAUAGACUGAUUCAUUCAUAGAUAUAUGGUUUGCUUUUGUAGUUUAGUUGUUUGUCUCUUUAUUGAUGGGUUCCUUGAUGUUUAAAUUAUUGUAUCACCUUGAUGUCUAUAUUUGGAGAUUUUAAAUGUGGUAGUUUCCUUGAUUGUUAAUUCUGUAAAAACGCUGUUGUUGUUUUAUCUUUUUGAGGUUAUUAAGGGAUAAAAAAAAAAAAAUCAAAUUAAGCUCUUUGACAGAUAAACAAAGCAGGAUUUUUCAAUUUAUUACAAAAAUAUUGGAAUGUUUUUACAUAUUAGGUAGUUUUGUUGUAUGAAGUUUUUUUCUUCUGUUUUAAAUAUUUUAGUAGUGGCUGUUUAGAUGUGAAA